GCAUGGACUGUCAAGGCCUAUUGUAACAAUGUGCCUCUCUUCGAGCCGCAAGGUGGCUUCUGCGAAGGCGAUGGCGGCAAGAGGAUGUUGCAGGCCAUUUGCCAGAUCGUGCCUUGCUCCACGGGAGCGGAUGAGAAGUGCAAGAGCUGCAAGGGCAUCCGUGAUCGUCAGGCUGAGGAUCAUUGUGCCACUUGCAACCCGGGAUACUACAUCUCUGGCACUGGAUGCAAGGCCUACUCCUGCGACAAAAAGGGCGGCAAGUCCUGCAAGACCUGCGUGGCGCAAGCCUCACGGACGGGAGACAACCAGUGUGCUUCGUGCAACCCUGGUUGGGCCUUGGUGGGCACAGAAUGCAAGAAGCAGCACAAUGUGAUCUCUGGCUGGUCGAGGAAAGGGGAUGACAAGAGAGCGAGCGUCACCUGCCCAGCCGGAAUGUGGGUGAAGAAGUGCUGGGGAGGCUGGAAGGGCGAUGGCAACCUCAUCAGCAGCGACGGCAAGACCUGCACCGCUCAAGCCACCGGCGGGAUGCGCGUCAAGGCCUAUGCCACCUGCUGGACCACCGAGACCCUGCCGCAGGUGAGCUCCAAGAACUGGAAGACAGGUAGCAUCACAGUGGAUUGCAAACAGGGCGAUGCCAUUGGAUGCACCUGCUACUCUGCCUGGAGGGUCAGAAACUAUUGCUAUGAUAGCAGGAGCAAGAAGAGCAGCGCGGACAGCUUUGAUCCCGUGGAUCACAAGUGCACCCGCUGGAGCGGCGGCCACAAAGUCAAGGUGUAUGCGCUCUGCUCCCAGGAGAAGUGCGCAAGCUUCGAAUGUGGCGCAGGCUAUGAGCCCAAGCCCGGCACUACGGUGGGCUCCAGCAGCGACAGCUGCUGUACUCCCGUCAGCUGCCCCACGGGGUCCAGUGGUGAAGGAGUGCCAAGUGGCUGUACAUGCAAUGCAGGCUUCACAGGUUCCAUCACCAAGAGCUCGGAGGCUCCCUUCUUCGAAGGCUCUUGCGAUGCCGUGGCGUGCCCGAUCAACAGUCACGGCGAGAGCGUGGGCGCAGGCUGCACCUGCGACAAGGGCUACAGCGGUAGCAUCAAAGCCACUAGUGCUGAUCCCUUCUUCAGCGGUACUUGCGUCAAAACCUGCAGCCUCUUCACCUGUCCCAAAGGUUGGGCGCCCAAGGGCGACGACGUGGUGGGUUCCACACGCAAGGCCUGCUGCGAGCCGGUGGCUUGCCCUUCAGGUGCCGGUGGCACGAGUGUCGCAGACGGCUGCAUAUGCAAGAAGGGUUUCUCUGGCAAGAUCAGUGCCUCGAGGAGCAGCCCCUACUACACAGGGUCCUGUAGCUCCGUGGAUUGCCCCGCCAACUCGGAAGGCGCCAACGUGCCAGCGGGAUGCCUUUGCGAAGCGGGCUACAGCGGCACCAUUGAGGCCACUCGAUCUGCACCUUUCUACAAGGGCGAAUGUGCUGCUGUUGCCUGUCCUGCCAACUCGGCUGGAAACAACGUGGCCAGCGGCUGUUUGUGCGUGGCCGGCUUCAGCGGCGCCAUCGCAAAGGCCUCCAAAGAUCCGUUCUACACCGGUUCCUGUACUGCCGUGAAGUGUCCGGACCACAGUAGUGGCACGGAUCUGCCCACGGGAUGCAGCUGCAAUGCAGGGUAUUCAGGCACCAUCACUGCUACCUCGGCAUCGCCCUUCUUCAGCGGCGAGUGCAAGGCAGUGGCCUGUCCACUGCACUCGGUAGGAACAGACCUGCCCAGUGGAUGCAAAUGCAAGGAAGGCUAUAAGGGCACCAUCACAGCCACUGCGGCUGAUCCCUUCUUCAUGGGCAGCUGCACUCCUGUGGCGUGCCCUGAACACAGCACCGGCACCAACGUGCCGGGAGGAUGCGAGUGCUUGGCAGGCUAUUCUGGUACCAUCACGGGCGAUGAUGAGAAUCCGUACUACGAGGGCAGCUGCGCUGCCGUGCAAUGCCCUACGGGCUCGGCAGGCGCGGAUCUGCCGAGCGGCUGCAGCUGCAAAGCCGGUUUCACUGGCUCGGUGGUCGCCACGAAGACUUCGCCAUUCUUCAGCGGUGGCUGCAAGGCGGUCGCUUGCCCUACCAAUUCCCAUGGCACUGAUGUGCCAAGCGGCUGUAGCUGUGACAAGGGCUACACAGGGGCUAUCACGGCCACCACCAGCUCACCCUUCUUCAGCGGCGCGUGUCAAGCGACCUGCAGUUUGUUCACCUGCCCAGUGGGCUUCAAGCCCAAGCCCAGCGAUACCUUGGGUAACAGCCAGGCCUUGUGCUGCGAAGCCGUAGCCUGCCCAACCAACUCGAAGGGCGACGACGUGGCCAAGGGCUGCACCUGCGAUGCCGGCUUCGCUGGGUCAGUGACGGCCAUUGCUCAAAGCCCCUACUACCAGAACGGCUGCACUGCAGUGCAGUGUCCCACUGAUUCCAGUGGCACCGAUGUGCCAACGGGCUGUACUUGUGAUGCAGGAUUCAGUGGCAGUAUCACUGCCAGCAGCGCCUCGCCCUUCUUCACGGGAAGCUGCCAGGCCGUAGCUUGUCCAAAAGACUCCUCCGGUACCAACGUGCCCAGCGGCUGCAAGUGCCUAAGCGGCUUCAGCGGCGCCGUGCUGGCCAUCCAAGCGACGCCGUUCCACACCAGCACCUGUGCGCCUGUGGCCUGCCCCAGCCAUUCCACUGGCACGGACGUAGCCACUGGAUGCAGCUGCGAUGCAGGCUAUAGCGGCAGCAUCACAGCUAGCAGCACCAGUCCAUUCUACACGGGUUCAUGCGAUGCUGUCGCAUGCCCCAAGAAUGCCAAGGGAGUUGAUGUGCCAAGCGGAUGUACUUGCAAGGAUGGUUUCAUCGGCAGCGUCACCGCCAGCACAGCUGCACCGUUUUACACCACCAGCUGCACUGCGGUGGAGUGCCCUGCACAUUCCACAGGCGCUGAUGUGGUACAAGGCUGCACCUGCCAAGCGGGCUUCACUGGUGUGAUCGCCCCCGCUGCGCUAUCGCUCCCCUUGGGCGCUUUGCUUGGCCUGGCCUUGGCACCGGUCUCGGCAAAGGUCACAGCCCAGUGGAUGGCCUUUGGCGGCGGCGCGUUGGUCUUUGCGGUGGCCACGCAACUCUUUGGUGAAUCCCUCUUCCGCUUGGACGCCUCCACCUGGAUCCAUCCGGCAACAGGCAAAAGUCCUGGAUGUGAUGAGCGCUGCAAGGAACUCUGUGUGAACAACAUCCUUCAGAUCGCGGGCGCCAUGCUCGGAGCCACCAUGUACUUGUUGCUGAACCGAUGGCUGGAGAACCGCUCGAGACCACAAGGCGAAGCCCGACACUUAAGCCCCAUCGGCGAAGAUGCACAGACAGGCAGUAUGGAAUUGGGCGGUCUUGGUGUCGCCAGCGCAGGGGUCUCGAAUUUCAUGCCUGCGAUGGGAACCGGUUCCAUGACGUUGAGUUUGAGGCGCGCCUCAACUUUGUUGGAAGAGGAGGAGGAAGCGACCAGCAUGGGAUCGGCACAGGUGGCGCUGUCCAUGUGGCUGGGGAUGAUGCUGGAUGGUAUUCCGGAAGCUCUCAUGCUCGGCUUCAUGACCAACGAAGGCUCGGUCACCUUCAGCUUUCUGGUGGCAAUUUUUAUUGCCAACUUUCCGGAAGCUUUCAGUGGUAGCAGCCUGUUGCGGGGGCAAAAGAUGCCAGUGUCGAGGAUCCUGCUGAUGUGGAUGGUGCUGUUCACGCUCACAGGGCUCCUGGCCAUGAUCGGUUCGCUCAUCAUGCCCGCCAAUGUGGCUCGCGGUUCCGACCUGGCCAAGAAGCGGGACUCGGCCACAGCGCUCAUGGAGGGCAUCACAGGUGGAGCGAUGUUGGCCAUGGUGUCCACCGCCAUGCUCCCGGAAGCCUUCAAAGGUGCUGGGGAUAAGGCGGGGCUGAUCUUCGUCCUGGGCUUCGUGCUGUCGGUGUGGAUUACCUGCGUGGGAUAUUGCUAUGGCGGUCCACAGGGCUAG